CGAAGCAUCAACUUCAGCAGUUUCCAGCACUCCAUUCGCUGAUUUCACCAACUAUAAUAUGUCAUUUCAGCAGCAAUACCCUGUUCCUUCAUUUUUCAUGAAUCAAUUAGCUUUAAACAAAGCUGCUGCUGAAUAUAAAGCAAUUAAUCAAGAAAAUUCAUCGUCAAAGACUAAACUUGAGGCCUCACAAUUAGUUUCUGACGAUGAUUUGACUUCAGACACAAACUCUAAUUCUUCUGAAGUACCAAGUGAUAAACCAACAAAAAGAUGGUCUUCAUCAGAGACACGUAUAUUAAUUGAAGAAGUGGGAAAGCAAUACAAAACAUUGCAGAAAGCAAAAGAUCCAAGAGAAAAGGGUCGUAUCUGGAAUAAAAUAAUUUCAGGCAUUCAAUCUUCUACCUCAAAUUUAAAUUUAAAAGAGCGGUCAAAAACCUCAGUUCAGCAAAAAUGGGAGUCUAUCCAUCAAAAAUAUCGAAACAUUAAAGAUGUAAUUAAAAAUACUGGUGAAGAAGCUAUUCAGAAUGAAUGGGAGUUUUUUAAUGAUAUCGAUUCUAAAAAAAAAAGAAGUAUUCGUACUACUGACGAAAAAAAAUCUAUUAAUGAUAUCUUAACACAUAUUGACAAACAAACUGAAUUAAUUGUUGAUACUAUUAAGGAGCAAUAUUUACAUACUAGUGAAAUUCAGCAACAACAGCAUAAUGAACAAAUAACAAUUUCUUAA